AUGGCUGAACAUACAGGGACAAAUUUGUCCAAAGGUUCAGGAGGCUUGAAUUUUGAAGAGGGGAAUCCUGAUACGGUAGGAGAGUCAGAGGUGCACGUUCCACAGAAGCUGUCAAAAGAAGAAAAGAGAGAAAUACUCAGAGAGGCUGUGGCAGAUGUGGAAGCAGGGAUGUCAAUAUCUCAGAUUGCUCAAAAAUAUUCAUUAUCCUGUACCACUAUAAGAAAUUGGUUACAAAUGGGCCUGGAUCAUGUCCCAAGACCAAGUGCUAUGCCAUGGAUGCCUGCUGAUGUAGAAAGGGAGAUAGUAGACUGGUGCUUUGAAAUGGCUAGGAUUGGGUAUCCUAGGACCAGACAGAGUCUGCCAUUGGUAGUCCAGCAUAUUGUUAAUCAAAAGAAGAAGAAAAUUUUCCAAAAUGAUAAUCUUCCAACUUUUGGAUGGACGAACAGAUUCCUGAAGAGACACCCUGAGGUGUCCAACCAAUGUCCAGUAAAUAUACGUCAAUUUAAGGCUACCUUAAACUCAAAAAAAAAGGGUACCUUAACCUCAAAAACAAUCUCCACAUUUCUCCAGAACUUGCAAUCCUUUUUAAUGGCUGAGGGCCUAAAUGCAAAUGAAUUCUUAAGCUCAUAUAAUGCAUCGCGAGUUUUCACCUGCAGUGAGACAGGUAUUGUCAUCAGCUCAGACGGGACUUACGAGGUUUGUGAUAACAAGGGGAAUCAAGAUGGUCGUAAAGUGUCAGGAAUGGGGAAGCCCUUGAUGACUGUCCUGUGCUGUGCUUCAGCUGAUGGAAGUCUCAUGAGGCCUUUUAUAGUUAAUAAAGGGAAAACUCCGACUGAAUAUGUGAAGCACCAGGAUUUGGAAGCAGAUUCUUACCAUAGAGGGUGUUCUGAUUCUGGGUUGAUGACAGCAAGCCUGUUUCAUGACUGGCUGGGUAACAUUUUUGAAAAUGAGCUUGUGAAAAAGAAUAUUAGAAGACCUGUUCUCUUAAUUCUGGAUGGCUUCUUAACCCACUUAAAUUUGGACACUCUAAGAUUUGCCCAUGAUAAGAAAAUUCUUAUAUACUACCUUCCUCCCUACUCCUCCCUUGCAUUGCAGCCACUUGAUGUGUCUGUAUUCAAGCCACUCAAGGCAGAGUACAGAAGGGUAUACAAUAAAAUCUUGGGGGAAAUUUCAUCCAUGGACAUGCCAGAGCAACAUUUGCCAUAUAUAUUACUGAAGUCCAUCAAAGAAGUUAAUAUACCUGAAAAUAUAAUAAGUGGAUUCAGGUCGACAGGUUUGGUCCCUUUCAACCACAAUGCCAUCGACACCUCCGAGUUUGCUACGGCAGAAAAAGAAGAGGAUGCUUCUGCUGUCCAACUUCCGGAGACCUCUACAGUUACAUCAGUAGUAGAACCCACAUCUUAUGCAUCUUAUGAGGAAAUCUUCAGCCAAGGUUUUAUCAUGGGACAAAGAGCACAGCUGAAGCGUUUAGAGGCUGUGGUCCCACUGGAUGAAUUAGCCCUUUACAAAAGCAGGAAGACUGAUUUAGGUUGGGUUCCUUCCCCAGGCACGCCUUACAUGGUAUGGAAGGAACUUGAGAUGAUUAAGCUGUGUCCUGCUGAGAGGAAUCCAUAUGCUGGGGAAACUCAGCCUCUGGCAGAUGCUAGUGAGAUUACACCUUUCCCACAAGCAAUUCGUUCUAAAAGUGGGCUUCAGUACCAACUUAGUAGUAGUGACAUCUCUUUACCUGGCCCAUCUGUGAUUCCCUCUGCAACAACACCUCCAGGAAUUGCUGAGCGAACAUCAGACUGUAAAAGAUACUUAAAGAUGAAUGAAAGGAAGGAAAGGCUAUUUGAAGAGAAAAAGGAGCAACAUAAGAAGGAAAGAGAGGCAAAAAAGCUGCACUUUGAAGAGUUGUUGUCCUUCUUUAAGAGUAAGACACCGUUGUCAAAGAAGGAAGAACCCCCCCUGUCACCUAUGUCUUCAGAUAAUGAAGAGCAAGAGCAGGAUUUAGAGCAGGACACAGCUCAACCUCCGGCAACAUACACUUCUUUGGUGAGGUUUCUUUAG